GCGGCGCCUUCACGGAGGUCACGAUGUGCGUCUCAACCCUGACCACAUGUUGAAAAGUUGCACAACACCAGUCGCGGACUGAUAGCGUUAAUGUGUUUGCGGUCUACGAAUCAGGCAAAUCACACAGGUCAACGGACAAGGGGCAGUAUUAGUACACACAACCACGACCCGAGUUACGGUAAUGUAAUCGAAAGCCUUCACGGACGAGAGCCAGCGUGUAACAAAAGCAGUCCAGUCCUAGGCAGCAAACAGAGAGACUAUAUAGUAGUGUUUAGUGUGCAAUUCUGUUAAGCACAAUAGAAAGCAUUUCAAGUUAGUGUUCUAUUGGCUGUUAAUGUAUCUCUGUGAUUAAACCGCCAUAUUUGUUAUUUGAAAAUAUGAGAACUCAGAAACAGGUCAAGACUAUUGCUUCACAGCUUGAGGUUUUAGAAGAGCUACGUGACCAGCUGGAAAAAAACAUUGAUUAUAUUAACUCUGUUCUACACAAAGGCAAAGAAUGGAUUGACGAGACGAACAACGAAAGUUUUGUGAAAAUCAAUCAGUUCCUAGUCACUGAGACUUCUGAAUGUUUACGGCGAUGUGCCUCCAUUACAGAUGAUGAAGAUAUGGCUGAACCUGUUGACAGAAAUACAACUUUAAACGAAUAUAACACAAAAGAUCAAGAUGACAAAGAGACUGUCCAGAAAACUCACAAACUAGAAACCAUGGUAACGACUCAAGCCAAAGACAUGAAACUGUUGAAACACCAGCUCAAACAGCUAGUCAAACAAAAUGAACGAAAGUCUAAACUUCAAGCAGAAAUGGAACAAAGUUUUCAUUUCAAAUUUGAGGCGGUAAUGCGAGAACUGGAGGCCGCUAGUAACUUUAUGUCACAUCUCCAGAGUCAAAAUGAAUCUUUGUCGAGCCAGGUCAUAGAAAUGUUCAAGUUAGGCAGUACACCCGAUGUAACUGACCGACUUCAUAGUGUAGAGUUAUCGGUUACUGAACAUAAUACAAAAUUAGAAGAGCUACUGCUUCAGGAGAGAUUAACAGAGAACAGUAUUCUUAUCAAGGUUAAAGAGUAUCUGGCGCAAAGUGGGUCAUUAGAUGAUCAAACUAAAUGGGUAAAGUCCUUUUUUGCCCAAUUGGCUAAUGAUGUGAAACAUGUGAAUGAGUCUUAUGGCCAAGUACAGAAGUCAUUGAAAGUCCAGGAAGAGAACUUGAGAAGUUUAGAAAAACGUUUUGAGGACUCAGAAAAACUUAAAGCAAAACAGUUGCAAGACCUGGAAACAAAAUCCCAACCUAAAUAUGAAUCAGCCAAUGCCUUAAAGUCUCAAUCGGAAUCCAUAACAGCUAAUUAUAAGCAAAUAAAUACAGACUUCAAACAACUAUGUCUAAAAUUCGACAAGCAGAAAAUAGAAACAACAGACCGUUUAUUUCAACUCUCAGCCACAAAUAUUUCUACGGCUGCAUAUAUGAAAGAACAGAUUAAAAAAUUCGGCGUUAUGGAAGCUAAGUUAGCCACAAUAGAUAAAAAGAAUAAUGAUGUAUCAAGUCAAGUAGUUCAAUUGUUAUCAAGAAUUCUCCAUCUAGAAUCUAAAGAGACACAUGAAGCUUUUUGUGUUGAACUGGGAGAGAACCUGGAGAUUGAUGUGAGAAAAGACCAAAUAUUUCCCUUCUUCAAUCAAAGAAUCAACCUGGCAUCCAGCCAAUCAAAGAAUUUUGACACCAACACUGGCAUAUAUAUAGCACCUUGUAAUGGGCUGUAUUUAGUUUGUCUGAAACUGGAAACUCUCAAUGACUUGAAAGUGACAUUUAAUGUCUGUCGCAAAGACAAACACAAUGAAGACUUGGCGGCAUUUUCCAAAUGUCUGUCCAAGGAUAUAAUUGGGCUUGAUAUAGUUGCUCUAGAUCUGAACAAAGAUGAUCAGGUUUAUGUCAGAUCAAAUGACAAUUAUUUGGGUUUGCAAUUGGGAGCGAAUUCCAGUUUUUCUUGUGUUUUGCUGAGUAAAUUUUAGAGCCGACCAUCAAUAAAUAGUUUUGUUAUUUUCAUCAUCACUAGUGUCUUCACUUAAGUCCUCGGAGUAUGAGUUUGAAAGGCUUCAAUUCUUUCUUCUGCAGUAAACAAAAAUAUUGUGGUUGUACGUAAUGCUUGUAAGUUUUUGUAUAAUUUUAAAGAAUGAAGCUUUCCAGAAAUGGCACAUUGGAGUUGAGAAAAUGAGGACUAGUAAAAAGAAUAUUGGACAAGGUUUCCUCUUCCUCCCCAUAGCGGGGGACACCGUGAGUCUUAGUGAGACAGACUAAUAUUUCGAACAAGCAGCCUGUUUAUAGACAAGUUAUAAGACUUAUGAGUUUUGAUACAUUCAGUGUUGUUUUUUUAUAAAUAAAUUGUACAUAAUUAUAUAUGAUUAAAUAUAUAUAUACAUAGUAUUUAAAAUAAUGAACUUUUUGUAGUCUAUCAUAUUUUAAUAAAUCAUACAUACAUGUAUGUACAAAUAAA